AUGACUGUGAUGGCUGGGGAUAAUAUGGAUGAGACUUCUGCUUUGCCAGGCCACCCUCAGGACAGCUAUCAGCCUGGUGUACAUGAUGACCAUGGAUGCUGUGAGAGGGUAGUGAUCAACAUUGCUGGCCUGAGAUUUGAAACCCAGCUGAAAACUCUUGCCCAGUUUCCCAACACAUUGCUGGGUAACCCCAAGAAACGCAUGCGGUACUUUGAUCCACUGAGGAAUGAAUACUUUUUUGAUAGGAACCGGCCCAGCUUUGAUGCUAUCCUCUAUUACUACCAGUCUGGAGGGCGGCUUCGCAGGCCCGUUAAUGUGCCGUUAGACAUGUUCUCAGAGGAGAUCAAGUUUUAUGAACUGGGAGAGGAGGCCAUGGAGAAGUUCCGGGAAGAUGAGGGGUUCAUCAAAGAGGAAGAGAGGCCUCUCCCUGAGAGGGAAUAUCAGCGGCAGAUAUGGCUGCUUUUUGAAUAUCCCGAGAGCUCUGGGCCAGCUCGGAUCGUUGCAAUAAUCUCUGUAAUGGUGAUCUUAAUCUCCAUAGUGAUAUUUUGCCUGGAAACUUUGCCAGCAUUAAAAGAACCCCACAACCGCAGUGACAACUCCACCAUAUAUUACAAGUCCAGUAUCUUUACUGAUCCCUUCUUCGUUGUGGAGACUCUGUGCAUCAUUUGGUUUUCUUUUGAAUUGGUGGUGCGCUUUUUUGCUUGUCCCAGCAAAGCUGAGUUCUUCAAGAACAUCAUGAACUUCAUUGACAUAGUGGCCAUCAUCCCUUACUUCAUCACUCUGGGUACAGAGAUGGCUGAGCAGGAGGGGCCUGAAAAGGGGGAGCAGGCCACUUCUCUAGCUAUCCUGAGAGUCAUCAGACUGGUAAGAGUCUUUAGAAUCUUCAAACUCUCCAGACAUUCUAAAGGCCUCCAGAUUCUGGGACAAACCCUCAAAGCAAGCAUGAGGGAGUUAGGUUUACUAAUCUUUUUUCUCUUCAUUGGGGUGAUUUUGUUCUCUAGCGCGGUGUAUUUUGCUGAAGCUGAAGACCCUGACACUCAUUUCGACAGCAUCCCCGAUGCUUUCUGGUGGGCAGUGGUAUCCAUGACCACUGUGGGAUACGGUGACAUGUACCCUGUGACAAUUGGUGGCAAACUCGUGGGCUCCUUGUGUGCUAUUGCUGGUGUGCUAACAAUUGCCCUGCCUGUACCUGUCAUUGUGUCCAACUUCAACUACUUCUACCACCGAGAAACAGAAGGGGAAGAACAGGCUCAGUUACUUAAGGUUAGCUCUCAUAAUUUAGCAUCUGAUGGUGAUCUGAGUCAUCAUAGCUCCUCCACAAUCAGCAAAUCUGAGUACAUGGAAAUUGAAGAGAACAUGAAUAAUAGCAUAGACAAUUUUAGAGAGGCUAACCUCAGAACUGGCAACACCAUAGCCAACCAAAACUGUGUCAUUAAAAGCAAGCUGCUGACCGAUGUUUAA